AUGGCGGAAGCAAAAUCGCCACAGAAUCGGUAUUGCUGUGUUCCACGUUGCGAUCAAAAAGGUUCAACCAGUCCAAACGGUGAAAAAGUUGGAUUUUUUAAUCUCCCGACCGAUCAGCCUGCGCGGGAUCAAUGGCUGCAUGCGAUUCGAAGAGACACGGGCAAACAUUUCACCACAGAUACUACAAAAGUGUGUUCUCUACAUUUUAAACGAGAACACCUCAAGAUGAGUUUAGGAAUUGGACGACUGAAUUAUUUUUACGGGGCAGUUCCUUCCGUUUUCGCAUGGAAAGGAGUUCACCUCGAAAGAGACCGCCGUCAAAGAUCAGAGCGUCCCCCUUCAAAUCCAGAAAAGAUUCGUGCUGUCAAAGCCAGGACAUCGCUUAACAUGAGUGCUGUUCCAGGUCCCUCCUCAGAAACUGUGAGUACGGAUGUGAAUGCAGUGAACGAUUUCACUUUUUCCGUGGAAAAUGAUAGCCCUAUAAAUUUUAACAGUAGCAACGUGGGUAGCAACCAGCUAUCUUACCAAGAUCUCCAGAGAAAGCUGGCUGAAACUGAAAAGUUGCUCGAGGAAACGUGGGAAAGUAAAAUAAAACUCGAAGCUGAGGUGGAGAAACUUAGGAAUCACGCAUUCAAACUUUCAGAGAAGUGUCAAAACUUGGAAAACAGAAUGUUUGCAUUGAAUAACUUUAUUUCUGAAGAGAAAAUUGCAUUUUAG